GUCUGGAGGCUUCCUUCAUGAGCUUGAAGUCGUUGUAUCUGUGGCUCUUAUCUCCUUGCACUGAUCGCCUUUCCUCGCCACGUGGUGUGCGCAAACGGCGCCGAUUUGUAAAUUUCAAUUGAACGGAAGGGGGUCAAAUUUUACUCAUAUUGGCGGGAUAGACCAAGGAGGAAGGUGUGCGGUGUACUGAAGGUGGAAUAUGGCACGUACCAAGCAGACAGCUCGUAAGUCUACAGGUGGCAAAGCCCCUCGCAAGCAGCUGGCUACUAAAGCGGCGCGUAAAAGUGCACCAUCCACCGGGGGUGUCAAGAAGCCUCACCGUUACAGGCCGGGGACCGUGGCCUUGCGAGAGAUCCGCCGUUACCAGAAAUCGACUGAGCUGCUGAUCCGCAAGCUACCCUUCCAGCGCCUGGUGCGUGAAAUCGCCCAGGACUUCAAGACGGACCUACGUUUCCAGAGUGCAGCAAUCGGUGCCCUCCAGGAGGCAAGCGAGGCUUACCUGGUCGGCCUCUUCGAGGACACCAACCUGUGCGCCAUCCACGCCAAGAGAGUCACCAUCAUGCCCAAGGACAUCCAGCUGGCCCGUCGCAUCCGUGGGGAGCGGGCCUAAGGUGGCUGUGGGGUGGGAGGAGGCUGGGGGCUUCCCUGCCCCCCCCCCCCCCACUUGUUCGGUAGUUCUGUCGACUGUUCUAGAAUUUUCCUCUGAGGAAACUGUCGCUGUUCUAACUCCUUCCUGGGGGGGAGGGGGUGGGUGGGGCUGGGUCUGAGGUAAAAUUAUAUAAAUUUUUUUAUUUUUUUUUUCCCUAUCUCUUUCCACGCAGGUGAAUUAGGGCUCGGUGCUUCAGGCAAGUGUGGGACGUCGUGCUGCCGGCACCCCGCCCACCUCUCCCCGUCCCCGCCGACCGUGCUGUCGUUCUGCGCCUGCGCCCACUCUCCGUUCCUGCUGCCGGCGCCGUCUCCCCGCCAUCCGUGCCUGCGCCCAAUCUCCGUCACCGCUGUCUUCCUGCCGCCAGCGCCCCGCCCCUCGCACGAGUCGAACGCGGCUUGAGGGUGGGAAGGGGGACGCGGUCUCUUGGAGGAGGAAGAGGAGAGGGAAUCUUCCUCCCUUCUGACGUUGGUCGUUCGCUGGGCGGGUGAGUCAGGAAUGAUCAGCCGGUUUCAGCUCGGAUGUGGCUGGGGAGCAGCGCCUGGCGGCCCCAGGGACGUCCGGCGGCCGCAGUACCUCCUCCUCGGCGGUAGGGGGCGGGGCUUGUCUGGAGGGCCGCUGUGGACAUCCUGUGGAGGGGCCGAGUGGUACAGGAGCCCAGCGCUGCCCCAUCAGGGGCGUUAAAUUCCUCUCCCCUCCUCCACUUUUUGCCUUCCACACCCCCCCCCCCCCCCCCCCCCCCCCACACCCCAGGCAUUCGAGGGGCAACAAGGAGUCUGAGCUGGGGCUGGGCUUCCCAUUGACUACCUGGUGCCAUGCAAUUUGGCCACACAGGACCAUGUCUGGGCACUCCCUGAUGCAGUUCGUCCAGAGCUGUACAUUUGGCAUUCAUUCAUCACUUAGUGGAAUGAACGGGGAGUAAUGUGGCUUGGAUGGUGUUGAAAUUUAAGUUUAUCCUUGCACUUCCCCUCUUUCCACCCCCCCCACCAAACACCCCAAGGAUUAGAAAUGCUUCCUGAUCUCAACACUAAAUUAUAGUUGCCCACCCUGUUCCAGACUUGUCUGUCUGUCUCUCUCUAGCCAUGGUUAAAUGGGCCCAAACGUACCAAUUGGUACCCUGCCUUUUAUAAUAAAUUUUAUACUGCAGUAAAGAAGAAAAAACUAUUUUUCCAUUGCUAAUAUUGACUUUGCGACAAUUUAAUCGGGGGGUGGGGGGGGGGGGUGAGGAAGUGACAAUGGGUGCUUACCAAUUUACCUCCAAGCCGUGAGAUGGCAAAUUGUUCGUACUGUUUCCUUUGGCUACCUGUUCUUUCCUCAGCCACAAUGAACCCAGUGGAUUGGGAUGAUUUUUGAAUUAUUUUUAUUCUCGUUGUUUAUGGUUUUUAUAAAAACUGUUCUGUGGGCAGUUUUUACUUCAGUCUCUUAUUGAGAAGAGACAUUUUUGGAGGGCAGAUUCCUUGCAAAAUGUCUGCCACCAGAAUGUUUUAACCCCAUUCUCUUUGUAAGCUGAAUCCCCAGGAAAAAAAUACAAUUCAUUCAAAAUUAGCAUUUCAAAUGUGAAAUGGCGGCAAGAAAGUGUCUGAACUCUUGGUGGUUGGGAGUAAGGAACCUGUUCCUCAUUGCUGGAUGAGGUAACUUUCAGAAUCUGGAUUAUCCAAGUGUGUCUGUGAUUUUGCUUUUGUUUGGGUGAACGGUUGGCUUUAAAAGAAAAUUGCUUCUCUUCCUGCCCACCAGAUUCACAACAUGGGUGUGAGUGGGCUGUUACCCCUUGCAAAGGAGGGAAUGCGGGUGGGUAGGAUUAACUACCAAGCUCACCUUUUGAAUGGAGGUGCAUCCCUGCAGGUGAAAUGGAAACUUCCUUGUUCUGCUGACUGUUAAGGUUUACUGGUGAGGAAACUGGGAGGUUGUGGUCCAGGUGGGCACUGGCUUAUUAGUACAAACCCAGUGUUCAUCAGCAAUGCUCAUUGGUGAUGGCCAGAGACUGGCAACAGAAGAUUGGAGCUGAGGCAAGCUGUAGGACAGCAUCAGUCUGUCCCUGCCCUAGGAAGGUGUUGCAGGAUAGUGUAAAGGGAGAUUUACUCUGCAUCUACCCCAUACUGUCUCUUCCUUGGGAACUUGUCAUAGGACAGUGGAGCAGGAGCUGUACUCUGCCGUCCCUGCUUUGGGAAUGCCUUUCCCCACGUCAACAUUGCUUUGAGCAUAACUGUUGUUCUAAAGAAUACUUUCACAGGAAAUGGCUCCUGUCUCACCUCUGCCAAUCAUCACUGGGUGCCCCCCCUCUCCUGCCCACGCUCCCCCCUUUCCCUCCAUUCUAAAAUGGACAAAAUGCCUCCCACACUUGCGGCACUAGUUUCUCUAGUUCACAGCACAGUCCAGGGUAUUUUAUAAUCCAGUCUUUAAAUCUUUCAUAUCAACUACACUGUAGAAAAAGAAAAUGUUUGUAGAAAGCGUUUUAUUUGUGUUUUAAAAGAAUAAUCUAAACCUGUUUGUAUUUGUCUUUCUAAAGAGGUUUCUUCAUCUGUAUUCAUGACGUGUCUCCUCUGCGUUCUGUGACCACUGUCUCCUUUCUCUAUCUUGUACACAUUACUAUUAAAAGCGUGAAAUCUGA